CACUCUCAGUCGCUCACUAUGUGUCCGUACGCAUUGAGUCAUACGAAUGAGCAAGCGUGUGAUGAAAACCAGAAACUCCAGCAGCCACUAUUCUAUUUCUAAAUUUUCUAUUUCCAAUAAACAUCACAAAAAUCAACAAUCACUGUUACUAGAGUGGUCACUGACUGACUAGUGUGGUGUAUCCCUAUUCCAGAUAUUCAUUUUUUUUUUCCCAUCAUCGUUCGUUGAUUUCCCUUUGUUCCUUUUUCUGCUACUGCUAGAUCUUCCUCCGCCUCAAACCCUUUUCACUUGCACCGCUUCUCUGAUUGAAGGGUGCGAGCGAUUUUCAACAAUGACGGGUUGAGAUUUUUUUUUUUUUUUUUUUUUUUUUUUUGAGAUUUUGGGGUUAGACUGAGAAGAGAAUGGGUAGUCCCGGAGAGAACGGAAUCGAUGCGACGGUGGGUGGCUUGGUUUGGGUUCGCCGCCGCAAUGGGUCGUGGUGGCCUGGCCGGAUAAUGGGUCUCAAUGAAUUGUCGGAGAGUUGCUUGGUUUCACCAAGAUCGGGUACUCCUGUUAAGCUCUUGGGUCGUGAGGAUGCAAGCGUGGAUUGGUAUAAUCUUGAGAAAUCGAAGCGGGUUAAAGCUUUUCGUUGUGGAGAGUAUGAUGAAUGCAUCGAAAAGGCAAAGGCUUCUGCUGCCAAUUCAAAUAAGAAGGCGGUGAAGUAUGCUCGCAGGGAAGAUGCUAUUCUUCAUGCUCUUGAGCUGGAGAGUGCUCGCCUUGGCAAGGAACCAUUGAACUUGUGCCCAGGGUUAGAUAAAUUAGGUAGUGAACAUGGUGGAUCGGCUGGAGAAUCACCAGCUGUGUCUCAUUCUGGUGAUGGUAAUGAGGAUGUGACUGAUGGUCUGAGUGAAUCUGAAGACAAUUCUAAUUCUGCUCCAGAAUUGUCUCAGUCUGGUAUAUCUUUUGAAGAGCCAAAUCAAAAUGGUUCUUCCAAGAUGCAAUCUAUGCAGGGAAGGAGAAGAAGAACACCUAAUGAUUCAGAAGAUGAUGGAACAGAAGGAGUCAAGCGAAUGAGAGGGCUUGAGGACUUGGGCAUUGGUGUAGUGUCAAAGAAAAAGGUCCACGGUGCAGGUACACCCGAGAUAGUUCAGCAAGAUGGUGCUUCACUCAGCAAUUCAAACACAAGGAACUGCCUGGCAAAUGGAACUUCUAUUAAUGGUGGUAAGGGCCAUUCUUCCACACUGAAACGAAAGAGAUCACAAGUGGCAAAUCUUCAUGAAUUGAAAAGGAAAAAUCGACGCCGGCCAUUGACGAAGGUUUUGGAGAGUACUGCUAUGGUGUCAAUUCCGGUAAUUUGUGAUCAGCUUCCUAGUUCAACCAGUUCUCCACUAUGUGAGGUGACUGAUAGCAAGACUUCAGGAUUAGAUUCCAAUGAGUCAAAGAAAAGUUCUCCACUAGCAAUUCAUAAUUCUGAUAGCACUGAGGCUCCUUUUGAGAAUGGAAAUUUAGUAGAUGUUAAUGAUCAUGGUUGUGAAGCUUCUCAAAUCAGUCACGCAGUAAAGGAGAAUGGGGCUUCUGGCACAUCAGGGCUAAUUGGGAACCAUGCUUCUGAUAAAUUAUUUGAUGUGCCAUUUGUCAGGGAUUCAGGAGAUGAGAAACAUGCCACAGGUUGCUCGCCUGUACUUGUUUCUUGUUCACCUGGAAAAACUCAAAUUGGUGUAUUGGGACAACAAUCCUGUCAUGUUAGUCAAUCUGAAGCUCUCUCUUUGAGCAAUGAGGAUCAAAAUACUGGUUGUACAAGUUCAGCUGCGGUUUAUAAUAUUAUUGGCCAUAGAACGGAGAAAGGUAGUUCAAAGUGGCAGUUAAAAGGAAAAAGGAAUUCAAGACAUAUAAAUAAAAAUAGAAAAGAAGUCUUGAGAAAACAUGUGGAGAUGGAUGAUGAAUGCAGUGCUCAUUUGACAGGUGCCCCCAAUGUUUCAUACAAUUGUACCUCUCUUGCUAGGUGCAAACCAGUUGCUGAAGGCCAACUAGAUGGGUUUCGGGAUUUGAUCAAGCAUGUUAGGGGGACAACAGAGGUGAAGCUAUUACCUGAUGGAUCUCUCACCCCACAGAGAUCACUUCCUUUUCGCCAGUCUCGUUUUACCGUUAACUCCAGAUAUCAAAUGGUAGAUUUUCCUGGAAGAAAUUAUUGUUCUGAUGCUUCGUUAUAUGAUGUUAAGCUAGAAGUUAAAUCCAGUUACCGGCCGCAGCAUGUCCCUUUGGUUUCUCUUGUGAGUAAAUUAAAUGGCAAAUCCUUUAUUGGACACCCUCUAACAGUUGAGGUUUUGGAUGAUGGUCAUUGUGACAGUGUGUUGAGUGGAGUUGAAUGCAACUUGGAAGGUGGUGACACUUACUGUGUGGUCAAGCCAAACUCGGUAACCAGAAGAAUACCUUCCAAUAAUUUUUCGCGAUUUUCACCUAAUAAAUCUUUGAAAAUGAAAAAAUCUGGUCUCUUAAAUAAAAAGAUUCGGAAAUUAUCAUCACUGACUGGGCACAAGCAAUCAGAAGAGGAGAGAAAACCAGUGGUAGAUAAGCUCAAGGGUCCUGUCAUAGCUUGUAUUCCCCUUAAAGUAGUAUUCAGUAGGAUAAAUGAAGCAGUAAGCGGUCAGGCGCGGCCAUCACACAGCCCAUUACCAACAUCAAACCCUUGAGUUACAGAGAAUGGGUUGUGUGGAGAACUGUUUCUUUGGUAACUUGAGAGAUUUUUAGUUUUGCAGAUAAUGAAUCUGCAUUUUAUUUAUAUGCGCAUGAUUUGAAUCAUAAUCAUAUGAGGCUUCUCUUGGCUCUGUAAAUAAUGUAACAUUAUCUGAGUUGUAAAGAUGAUCUAGUAUUAGGUAUUGGUGACCUGAUAUUAGGUCCUCAAAAUGUCAUCUCAUGAAGUUAGGUUCUCAGAAAGUCAUGAUAUUACGUUCUCAAAA